AUGGCCAACCCACCCCACGGUGGUGUCCUGAAGGACCUCGUUGCUCGAGAUGCACCUCGUAACGCCGAGCUUGCAGCCGAGGCUGAAAAGCUGCCUGCUAUUGUUCUGACAGAGCGCCAAUUAUGCGAUCUCGAGCUGAUCAUGAACGGCGGGUUCUCUCCCCUGGAGGGAUUCAUGAACGAGAAGGACUACAAUGGCGUCGUCGAGAAAUUGCGACUUGCAGAUGGGGCUCUUUUCAGUAUGCCCAUCUGCUUAGAUGUCGCCGGACAGGUUAUCGAACGUCUCAAGAUCAAGGCAGGCUCUCGAGUCACCCUGCGUGACUUCCGCGACGACCGCAACCUUGCCAUUAUUACCGUGGACGAUGUGUACAGGCCGGACAAGAAGAAAGAGGCCCAAGAAGUCUUUGGAGGAGAUCCGGAACACCCUGCAAUCAAAUACCUGAACAAUUCAACCAAGGAGUUCUACAUCGGCGGCAAGAUCCAGGCCGUGAACAAGCUCAACCAUUACGACUAUGUGGCUCUGCGAUAUACCCCUGCAGAACUGCGAGUGCAUUUCGACAAAUUGGGCUGGAGUCGUGUGGUGGCCUUCCAGACCCGAAAUCCCAUGCACAGAGCGCAUCGUGAGUUGACUGUCCGCGCUGCUCGUGCACGUCAGGCCAACGUCCUCAUUCACCCUGUUGUGGGACUGACCAAGCCCGGCGACAUCGACCACUUUACUCGUGUCCGUGUCUACGAGGCGCUCAUGCCCAGAUACCCCAAUGGCAUGGCUGUCCUGGGAUUGCUCGGGCUUGCCAUGCGAAUGGGUGGGCCACGCGAAGCGAUUUGGCACGCGAUCAUCCGGAAGAACCAUGGCGCAACUCACUUCAUUAUUGGCAGAGACCACGCAGGCCCUGGAAAGAACAGCGCCGGAAAGGAUUUCUAUGGCCCUUAUGAUGCCCAGCACGCCGUGGAAAAGUACAAGGAUGAGUUGGGCAUCGAGGUGGUCGAGUUCCAAAUGAUGACCUACCUGCCUGACACCGACGAGUACCGGCCAAAGGAUCAGGUGCCUGAAGGAGUUAAGACGCUUGAUAUUUCCGGCACGGAACUUCGAAGACGCCUAAGAGUUGGCGCUCCCAUUCCAGAAUGGUUCUCGUAUCCUGAGGUUGUCAAAGUGCUCCGAGAGUCCAACCCUCCUCGUGCGCAGCAAGGGUUCACCAUAUUCCUUACUGGGUACACCAACUCGGGCAAAGACGCCAUUGCACGCGCGCUGCAAGUCACUUUCAACGAGCAGGGCGGUCGACCUGUCACUCUGCUCCUGGGUGAGACUGUACGCUCUGAGCUAUCGGCCGAGCUUGGGUUUACCCGAGAAGACCGAGAUACAAACAUUGCACGUAUUGCUUUUGUCGCCGCCGAGUUGACCAAAGCUGGGGCUGCGGUUAUUGCUGCUCCUAUUGCGCCCUUUGAUGAGGCGCGUCAAGAGGCUCGACAAACCGUUGAGCGAUAUGGCAGUUUCUUCUUGGUACAUGUUGCGACGAGCCUCCAGUUCAGCGAGAAGACGGACAAACGCGGUGUUUAUGCCCGUGCAAGGAGGAACUCGAUCAAGAAUUUCACCGGUGUCAACGACCCGUACGAAGCCCCCACCGACGCAGACUUGACGGUGGAUUGUGAGAAGACGUCUGUCAGAAAUAUUGUUCACCAGAUCGUCUUGAUGUUGGAGUCUCAGGGUUUCUUGGGCAGCGUGUAA